AUGGCUAUACCGGCAACUUCCUCCGAUGGACCCGUCAUUAUCUCUCUCACGAAUGAGGAGCGAGACAGUGGCGUCAUGAGUGACAAGAAGCUCUAUGAUGCUAUUGAGGCCUUCUUCAAUGAUGGUCUUGUCGUUGUUGAGAACGCUAUUGACACCGCCAUCAUCGACAAGCUCAAUGAGAGGAUGCUUCAGGAUACCGCCAAGCUGCUGAACGGGGGAGGAGAGGUUCAUUUCAAUCAUCUUAACGUCAACGCUAAAACCAAAGGUGCUGCCGUUGGUGGGAACCUCUCUCAGGUUCCUCCUCUAGAACCCGAAUGGCUAUUCCCCGAAGUCUAUGCCAACAAGCACGGCACCCGCAUUAUUUCCAACAUCCUCGGCCCACGACCCGAGGUGCACUUCAUCCGCUCCAAUACACUACUCGCCACCCAAGAGCGACAGAUGGUUCACGCGGAUAUCCGCUUCGAGCACCCCGAGCAUCCCUUUGCGAUUGCUUUCAAUACUUGCUUGGUGGAUGUAGGCCCCGAAAAUGGUACCACUGAAUUGUGGCUUGGGACUCAGAACACCAACAUCAACGAUCACGGAGAGCUGGGCGAACCCAUGAUCGCAGUUGAUAAAGUCGAAGAAAGGAGAAAGGUUCGACCCCCGGUGUAUCCCAGGAUUAAGAGAGGGUCUAUCGUUCUCCGCGAUUUCAGGCUCUGGCAUGCCGGUAUGCCGAAUCCUACAAAUCAGAUCCGCAUUAUGCUUGCGAUCGUCUACUAUGCAGCGUGGUACAAAAACGGCAUCGUUACCCCCGUUCCCGAGUCACUGCGUCCAACGAUUGAGUCGCUCGAGGAGUAUGGUCAAGCCAAGAUUGCCGUGGAAUACGUGCCCGAGGAUGGCUAUAACUACUUGAACAUCAAGUUUAGUAACAAUUUCAGCUCGACGCUGACGCCUUGGGUUUGGGAAAAAAUUAAGAAUGUCCCCACGGUGAAAGGAUAUUAA